UAGCUGCGCGUGAUGUCAGCGGACAUCAGGCAUCGAUCCAUUUGUUUACCGAGGUCGUCUGCUAGCUCCGACAUUCCCUGACGUGUUUCGCAAAACGUGUUCGCGAAUUAUGCUGUGAGAAACGCCCGCGUUUAUGUGAUUGCUGUCCCACCGAAAACGGAUCCGCGAUGCCGGGGACCGAAGACAGCACAACGGACCUAGGAGAGAUAGAGAAUGUCAGGGUGGUGGUUAGAGUUCGGCCACUGAGCAGCAAGGAGUUGGAUAUCCACUGCAAGAAUAUAACAGAAGUGGAUGCUCUGAACGCAGAGAUCACUGUAGAGAAUCCAAAUGCAGCUCAUGGAGAGCCACCGAAGGUCUUCUCCUUCGACGCAGUGUUCGACACAGACUCAACCCAGGUGGACAUCUACAAUGAGACCGCCAGGCCUAUUGUGGACAAGGUGCUGCAGGGCUACAAUGGAACGAUUUUCGCGUAUGGCCAAACCGGCACUGGCAAAACUUACACCAUGUCCGGUGCUAAAACCUCCCCACAAGCCAGAGGAAUAAUUCCAAACACGUUUGCUCACAUUUUUGGUCACAUAGCCAAAGCUGAUGAAAAUCAGAAAUUCCUUGUGCGUGCGACAUACCUAGAGAUCUACAACGAGGAAGUCCGGGAUCUGCUCGGUAAGGAUCAGAAUACUCGAUUGGAGGUGAAGGAAAGACCGGACAUCGGUGUGUUUGUAAAGGAUCUAAGCGGAUACGUGGUGAACAAUGCUGAUGAUUUGGAUCGCAUUAUGUCUCUUGGCAACAAAAAUCGCGUUGUCGGGGCUACUGCUAUGAAUGUAUCCAGCUCCCGGUCCCACGCGAUAUUCACGAUUACAGUCGAAUCUAGUCAGAUCGGUGAUGAUGGGGAGCAACAUGUGAAAAUGGGGAAACUCCAUUUGGUGGAUUUAGCCGGAUCAGAGAGACAAAGUAAGACAAAAGCGACAGGUCAGCGACUUCGCGAAGCCACUAAGAUUAAUUUAUCACUAUCCACACUGGGAAACGUAAUAUCCGCGCUGGUUGACGGACAAAGCUCUCACGUGCCUUACAGAAAUUCCAAACUGACUAGAUUGCUUCAGGACUCGUUGGGUGGAAAUUCGAAAACGUUGAUGUGUGCAAAUAUUAGUCCAGCAGACAUAAACUAUGACGAGACUAUAAGCACUUUACGUUACGCAAACCGCGCAAAGAACAUCAAGAAUCGCGCGAGAAUCAACGAGGAUCCGAAGGAUGCUUUGCUUCGUCAAUUCCAAGUUGAGAUUGAACAGCUGCGCAAACAAUUAGAGGAGAAUGGCGCGGAGCUCUCAGAAUCUGACGACGAUUCUGUAGAUUCAGACGACUCUAAAGAAAUGAAGCGAGAUAAGAAGGCUCGACGUAGAAGGAGUCAAGUAUUAUCGGUGGAAGAGUUGGAAGACAGAGACACGGACUCGACAGAGAAAGUUGAUAAGGCCGAGAGGGACGAUAAAAGUCCAGUAGAUAAAGACGUCAUCGAAUUGAAGAAAACUCAGAGCGAGAAAGAAGCGCUGCGAGAAAAAAUGCAGAAUUUGCAGAAUAAAAUAUUAGUGGGCGGCGAAAAUCUGUUAGAGAAGGCGGAGGCUCAGGAACAAUUGUUAGCUGCCGCAGCGGUUGAACUCGAGCAACGAAAGAGCCGAGAAGAGCAAUUGAAGAGAGCCAUUAAGGCAAAGGAGGCGGAACGCAUCGACAUCGAGGAGAAAUACUCGUCUUUACAGGAAGAAGCGGCUGGAAAAACGAAAAAAUUGGCGCGUGUGUACACAAUGUUAAUGUCCGUUAAGGCAGAGCUAUCCGAUCUGCAGCAAGAACACCAAAGAGAGAUGGAAGGUCUUCUGGAGGGUGUCCGGGGAAUCGGCAGAGAAUUACAGUUACAGAAUCUCAUUGUGAAUCAUUAUAUUCCCGUUCAAUACCAGACAAUGAUCAAGAGAUAUGUUCACUGGAAUGAAGAUAUAGGCGAGUGGCAGCUAAAGUGCGUAGCAUACACCGGAAAUAAUAUGCGCAAAGCGCAGACCGCAUCGCCAGCAGGAAAUAAUAAAGACACAAUACCGCCUGACAUGUCGAACAUAUAUCUCUCUUACAAUAUCGGAUUAGAUAAUACGUUUGUGCAACCGAAGAAAACGCGAAUUCGUUCUGGUGUUCCUAGACCAACUACCGCGCAUCGACGUACACCGCACUAAACACGAAGAUCGUCGGUCGUGGAAUCGCAGAGGUUUAUCUUUACUCACAUUUUUGUAGAUCUAUUUUUUUGAAGAUUCACCCCAUGUUUACUCAAACGUGUAUCUGCAAUGUAUUGGUAACGUGGCAUGGUAGAUAAUAUUAGAUAAUACGCCCGUUCCCGGUUUUGCGAUAUUCCUGUAUUAUUUUUAAGAUCUUGUAAUUUUUUAUCUUGAUUUUUUUUUUUUUUUUUUUUUAUAUAAAAAUGUAACAUGUGUAAGGAAGAUGUUUAACUAUAUCAUGAAUUGACGACUGAAAAUAUAAGUUAAUACUUAUAUUUACAGAGAACGAAUUUGAAACGCAUUCUUUUUGAAAUUAUUUUAGAGCACGAAAGGCACGCCAUGAAAGGCAUGAGUAUUUUAUCCAAAAGUAUUCAAUUUUUUUUAUUUAUAACGUAAUGCAGCACACAAGAGUAUUCUAACACGUUCAUGAUUCGUAAAAUAUAAAAAAUACAUUUUCAUGUUAAUAUACGAGAGAGAUCAUUCCAGUAAUGUAAAAAAAUGAUACGAGUCCAUUAGAAAAGUGAAUAGCAAUGCUGUACCUGUGGAAAAACAUUUUAGAAUUUCAGAAAAUUGACGUACACAUAUAUUUAAAAAAUCAUAAUAACAUAUUUACAUAAUAUUUAUAGAAUCGAUUUAAAAUUCAGCAUUCUCUUAAGAGAAAUUUGUUCUACAUUUAGGCAUUCGUAUAUCUUCAGUAGCUUUGCUCGCUUAAACUCCCUACAUGAUUCCUUCGGACAAACUUGACAUAAGAAAUUAUACAAAAAGAUAAACUAGCUAAUACAGCAUAUAUAUAUAUUUAUAAUUAAUGUCGAGUAUUAAUGUCAAAUAAUUACGAUAGUGUUAUGAAUUUUUAUUCGACGAAGUAGCCAUUUUUAUGUGCUAUAGUGAUAUUAGAUUCGACGAAAGAUUUUAGAUAACGCGAAUGUCUGAAAGAUAUUUUGCGAGAAAAUCGUAUGCGUUUCAGACUUUUGCGUUGUCCGAAAAUAUUUUUUACUCUCUCGUAGAUCUUUUAGAAUGUCUGACGAGAUACGUGCAUUUAUUAUUUACUGUGAUACCGAAAUGCUUUCGCAUAUGUUUUCGAUUGGGUUUUCGCCAACAUUUUAUUUAGCGUUAUAAAUAGUCAGUCUACAGCAGACAGCUGAAUAUUUAUUGUUGUAGCGACGUCUUGUUUUUUUGUAUUUUUAAUUUGUGAAAUAAAAAGGAUAAAUUUUGA